AUGUCGGGUUCGGAUCUCGGAAAGGCGAUACCCGAACCCGGAGGCCCGGAUCGGAACCCUAUGCAACAUACCUCCCAAAAAGCUUUGAUUCGCAGUGGGACAUUGUUCAAAAUCCCCCAGACACCGGCACCAAUCCGAGCUGGACGAUGGGGGAAUCGAGACUAUAGAAAAGCUUGCUACUACUGCACGGCCGGCACGACGCGGUUGAAUCAGGAGGAUAAACAAGCCUUCACGAGCCGUUCAGUCAGCGGAGUCACGUCAAGCAGUAAUCUGACUCGUCAGACUCCGCCCUGCUCAGCUGCCGGACUCGACUAA